AUGGGUAGUUUGAAGGCUCCGGGGCUAGAUGGAAUGUCUGUUCUCUUCUUCAAACAUUAUUGGAACUCGGUAGGGAAGGAUUUCUGUGAUGCUGUGACAGAUUUCUUCCUCACUGGAAAUUUUCAUAGGGGCUUCAACACUACUAAUGUGACACUCAUUCCUAAAGUCCCUAACCCAAAGAAAGUGUCUAAGUUUAGACCGAUUGCCCUAUGCAAUGUCAUAUAUAAGGUGAUCUCCAACUUCAAGGCUCCUGAGAAGUUUCGCCAUUGCGUCCGACAAUGCCUCACAACGACAUCUUUCAACCUCCUGCUCAAUGGUAGGAAGAUUAGUGGGUUUAACCCAGAAUGUGGCAUUCGACAAGGGGAUCCCCUCUCCCCUUACAUUUUUAUCUGGGCGGCAGAAAUUCUUUCACGCAUCCUUGAGAAUGCUCUAAACUGUGGAACUAUAAAAGGUAUUAAGUUGAGCAGAGAUGGCCCAUCUUUGUCCCACCUUUUCUUUGCCGAUGAUCUAAUUCUGGUGGGCGGGGAAAAUUUGAUUGAAGCCAAGGGGAUGUGGCAGUGCUUAGAGAAAUUCUGUGAUUGGUCGGGCCAAAGUAUUAACAAGCUCAAAACAUCCAUUUUCUUCUCUGGUAAUACAAGUAUCGGGAUGAAGAGGAGUAUUAAACAGGCUCUGGCGCUCAAUUGUGGGAUGGGAAACAUAAAUUAUCUGGGACUCCCCUUGUUUAGAUCCCGUCAGAAGGAUGCCGAUUUCAACUUCAUCCUGAAUAAUUUGGUUAAGAAGUUGCAUGGGUGGAAAUUAAAAUUACUUUCUAAGGCAGGUCGUGCCACGUUGAUCAAAUAUGUUGGCCUUGCAUUGCCUGUUUAUACCAUGCAAACGACGAAACUCUCAAAAAAACUGGCUUCAAGAAUUGACGGGAUGGUAAGAGACUUUUGGUGGGGUUGUGAACAAGGUAACAGAGGGAUCUGUCUUAGGGCUUGGGACCACCUGUGUCUACCCAAGUCUCAGGGCGGUCUUGGAUUUCAAAAAUCUUUGGAAAUGAACCAAGCCCUUUUAGCCAAGUGGGGUUGGGAUCUUCUCAAUGAGAACCAGUCAUUAUGUUGUAACUUUUGGAGGAAUGUGGUGCGUACAAAAGAGAUUCUAAAGGAAGGGGCUUGCAAACUGAUAGCUAAUGGGAGCGAUACAAGCAUUUGGAAUGACCCAUGGGUUAUACAUGGCAAGGAUUUUUACCCUAAGCCCAAGCACAACUACCAGGGAACACGUGAAUUUGUGUCGGAUCUGCUUUUACCUGACGGGAAUUGGGACAUCCGGAAGCUCAAUGAUCUCUUUCACAGGGAAACAGUUAAUAGUAUCUUGAGGGGCGGUAAACCGAGCGGUCAGGGUAGGGAUAGAUGGAUCUGGACUAAGAACUCUAAUGGUCGAUUCUCUACCAAAUCGGCCUAUCUUAUCCAAGCUAUGAGACGGACUCCGUUGUGUAAUGUAGCUCCGAACCUUGGAACAAGCUGUGGAGUUCAAAAGUUCUGGAGCGUCACAAAGUCCAUUGGUGGAGUAUCCUCUCGAAUGCGCUACCUGUUAGGGCUAUCCUUUCUAAGAGAAUGGUUAUUGAUGAAACCACCUGCCCCUUUUGUGGUAAUGGUGAUGAAACUAUGGAGCAUUUAUUUCUCUAUUGCGAUCUGGCGUCUCACCUUUGGAGAUCUUCCCCUUGGGGAGUUAUGCCUGUUGUAG